GGUUUCAAAAAUAUCUGCACGACAAAGAUGUGUCAAAGUUUCUUCCUCUCCUCCCAUUUCCCACUGCUAUGGUGCUCCUCAGACAGUUGUUACUACUGCUGCCUUCUGUCUACCUUGGCGCAUCAGCUCAAGACCGAGCUCAGUCCGUUUUCGUUAACUCGGGGUCCGCAUGUUGCGAUGCUCUUCGUGCUAAGCUGCCAUCUAUAGUCUUUGCACGUGGUACUCCCGAAUACAAUACUCGCCUUACCACCUAUUAUUCCCUCCAACAGCAGGAACUGUCCCCUACCUGCACAGUCAGACCCAACUCUGCCUCGGACGUUUCGCUUAUCGUGAAGAUCGCUAAAGAUAGUCAAUGUCCAUUUGCUGUAGCUUCUGGCGGUCAUAUGGCGUGGAAGGGAUCAUCCAACAUCAACGAAGGGUUCGUCGUAGACCUCAGAAGGAUGAAUCAGGUUGAUGUCUCGACGGAGGACCAAACGGUCAAGUUAGGGCCUGGUUCAAAUUGGCAAGAAGUCUACAAAGUCAUGACCCCGUAUAACGUGUCGACUGCUGGCGCAAGAAUCAAUGCUGUCGGAGUCGGUGGUUACCUUUUAGGCGGUGGCAUAGCCUUUGCGUCUGUUGACAAAGGCUUUGGUGCUGAUAACGUGUACAACUACGAGGCGGUGCUUUCGGACGGACGCAUAGUCGAAGCGAACAAAGAGACAAAUUCGGACCUGUUCUGGGCACUGAAACUGGCUGGCACAAACUACGCUAUCGUCACCCGGUUCGACAUGUACAUUUAUUCUUCUCCUACGAUGUGGGGAGCUGUGACAGUCUACCCAUUCACCAAACCAACGACAUCAGAACUCUUCGCGCAGUUCGAGAAAUACGUCCAUGACGAAGAGAACAGGAAAGAUAUGAUAGCCGUUCUUCUCAACCACAACAAUGGGAUGGAUGUAGCUCUGUCCGCUCAAACCAACCUCGAUUCCAAUCCUCUUGCUAGAAUGUCGUCUGCUGAACCCAUCAUGCACGCGGAGAAGGUGGGCACCACCCAUGAUGUUGUAGACCAAGUAAUUGCACACGCACUCGAGUCUACCGCCCGGACAGCUUGGUAUGUGUUGACGACGAAAGCUAAUACAGACUUUUUCAUGGAUCUGCAUGCGAUGGGGGAAACGAUCUUCGAGCAUUUAAAAGACAGGAAAGGUUUCACGAGAACUUUCAGCUUCCAAGCAUUCCAGAAGAGCUACAUCGAGGGAGCAGUUCACGGUCCGACCUACAACGCACUAAAGCGAUCGAAUGAUGAUCUCGUUUGUGUUCUUAACUUUAACACCUGGGAGGACCCUGCGGACGAUGCCGCAAUGGAAGAGGCCACUGCUGCGCUUGGGGAUUGGGCCGAAGUCGAGGCUCGUAAGCGUGGCAUACUGGACGACUUCAUCUAUCUCAACUAUGCGGACGAGCGGCAGCCUGUGUAUGAGCGUUCUGUUACGCCCGAAGACCUGGAUAAGAUGCGGGAGAUUCAAGCGAAGUAUGAUUCGGACGGAACUUUCGAGAAGUUUUGGAAAGGCGGAUUUAAAAUACCAAAGAAGGGUAGUGCGGGAGCUACGGGGCACGAUGAGUUGUGAGAUACCGUCAAUCUUCUCAACUUUUAACUGGCCUUCUUCCUGGCAUUAACUAGGCAACCACAUUGAUUUAUUUAAUUGAUUACUUUAGUCACGAACUAUCAGGAUCUCACGACCGAAUAAGAUAAAUAUUCGAACCG